UCCAUUGUUUUGUUCCUGCAGACAAAUCAUGGUAACCACUACACCGGAAAAUGAGGUGCUCACCUCGACCUCAGCAGUUACCGGUCUGCCCCAGAAACGGUACUAUCGCCAGCGAGCCCAUUCUAAUCCAAUAGCGGAUCAUUGUUUCGACUACCCAGCACGGCCAGAGGAUGUGGACUGGCGUUCCCUGUACCCGAGCAUUCGGGCCGACCAAGAAGUAAGUUUUGCCGACAUUGGUUGUGGCUACGGUGGCUUUCUGGUCACACUUGGUGAACUGUUUCCCGAAAAGAUAUCAAUUGGGAUGGAAAUACGGGUCAAAGUUUCAGACUAUGUGUUGGAUCGCAUUACGGCCCUCAGACAGAAGAGCUCGGGUACUGGUGCCUAUCAGAACAUCGCCUGCCUGCGCACGAACGCUAUGAAAUAUCUACCCAACUACUUUCGGAAGGGGCAACUCGAGAAGAUGUUCUUCCUCUAUCCAGAUCCGCACUUUAAGCGUGCGAAGCACAAGUGGCGCAUAAUCAAUCAGGCCCUGCUCUCCGAGUACGCCUAUGUCCUGCGCAAGGGUGGCUUAGUGUACACCAUGACUGAUGUGGAGGACCUGCACAAUUGGAUUGUGACACACAUGGACGAGCAUCCGCUAUACGAGCGUCUGGACGAAGAGGAGGCUAAUACGGAUCCCAUUACACCGAAGCUAUACCAGAGCAGCGAGGAGGGUGCCAAGGUAGUACGCAACAAAGGUGAUCACUUCCUGGCCAUAUUCCGCCGCCUCUAAGGCAGCUUUCGAUAUAUUUGCGUACUCGUUAAAAAUAAAAAUAAAUUAAAACAAUAGAA